UUUAAACGAGUUUCUGCCGUGUCUUGUUGCCGCGGUGCAUUCUGGAAGUAGUCGAAGGAUUCAAGAUGGCGGCGAGCAGGAGACUGCACAAGGAGCUUGAAGAAAUUCGCAAAUCUGGAAUGAAAAACUUCCGGAACAUUCAAGUUGAUGAAUCGAAUAUAUUGACAUGGCAAGGCCUCAUUGUUCCAGAUAACCCUCCAUAUGACAAAGGGGCAUUCAGGAUCGAGAUCAGUUUCCCUGCAGAAUACCCUUUCAAGCCCCCGAAGAUCACUUUCAAGACAAAGAUCUACCACCCCAACAUUGAUGAGAGAGGGCAGGUCUGUCUGCCUGUAAUUAGCGCAGAGAACUGGAAACCAGCCACCAAAACUGACCAAGUAAUUCAGUCACUCAUCGCUCUGGUGAAUGACCCACAGCCAGAACAUCCCCUGAGGGCUGACUUAGCAGAAGAAUACUCAAAGGACCGUAAAAAAUUCUUUAAGAACGCAGAAGAGUUUACAAAGAAACAUGGUGAAAAGCGGCCAGUGGACUAAUGACACCUGACAAGUGUGUAGCCCCACUCCUCCCAAACAUCAAUCAUGCUCUACCCACUUCUUCUUUCCUACCUUUCCUCUUUUUCUUCCUUCUUUUCUUUCUCAAUACACACAUCGUCCAGCUGGAGAAUCCCAUCCCAUCGCAACACAGCUGCAACCUCCGUCGUAAAGUGGGUCUCCUUGGGGAUCCAUCACCAGACCCGUGCCUGGUGUAGGCGUAAAGCCUUUAGGAAAAUUCUGGAUUUGGUCUUUUUUUCUCCUUUCUUUUUCUUUUUCUUUUUAAAAAAAGUUUGUUAUGGAAAAAUGGUCAAGAUAUUGUUACAAGGUAUCUCGGUAUUGACUGAUGUGUGAUUCUCUCCUGAGUGAAAUGAUCAUUGCUUUUUGCAUCAAUAUGCACUUCUUUAAUCAGGAGUAAGGUUUAACAGUUUAUUCAAAACAUAAUUCUACAAAAAACAUGUGAAAUGUCAUUUAUCAUUUCUGUAAUAAUUUUUGUUGUACCCAUUUUACACAUUUAUAUGCUAUGAUUUUCAAAAAAAAUCCAAAACAACAGUUUGAUGUUUAAACCAAUGAAGGAGCUGACGGAGGUUAAACAGCUUAGAUGUAGGAGUGUGCUGGUCAUUUUUUCAUCUGCUCUUCUUAUUUUUAUUGUGUUUUUUUGGGAUGGCGUCCUAUCUGUUCUUAACACACCGUAGCUUUGCAGAUGCACUGAGUAGUCAAAAUCAACGAAACCUAGACACUGAUAUUGUUAGCAUUUUUCGCACAUGAAGAAAGAAAGGAAUACAAUUGUUAUGAAUGAAAGUUUUAUGGUGAUGUCUAAUUUUAAAGCCACCUUUAUUUUAAAUGUAUCACAGAGAGCUCUUGUGCUCUUUUUUUUUUUCUUAAUUUUUUUGGGUAUAGGGUAUAAAUAAGAAAAACCGGAAAUGGUGCCUCCAGACUGAGAGCGUUUAUUUUUGUUUAUUCAGAAUAAAGAUUAGUCGGCGCCUCCUUAGAUUCGCAUUGACAUCAUCCUGUUGUUCCUCAUCUCUCCUUUCACAUUUCUAGCCAAGAUACUGAAUAUCAAACUUAGUAGUGAAAAGUAGAUGUUGAUGAUAAGGUGUGCUUUGGCACUUUUUUUUUAUUAGAGGCCUUUAAGAAAAACUAUUGGUGAUUGAUGUAUUUGGAAAUAUAGUCUCUUAUCCCUUUAAGUCACUUAUCCCACUUCAUACAGUAAGUCGUAUCAGCAUUACGUUCAUUAUUUUACAGCCUCUAUAUAUUUUGUGUGGAACUAGAAUAAACUGGCACAGUCAUGGGAAUGACGUUAUAUACUCAAGUAGCGGCUGACUCUUGGUCACUCUGAGUGUUCUGACUCUCUGAUUGGUCAAUGGUUUCCUAAUAAAUAUAGCUAACCUCAAA